AUGGAUAUAAGUGAUAUUACUUCUUACUUACAAGGAAUUGAUGAAAUUAGAAAGGAUAACAACAAAACACGAGAUUGUGUGGUAUAUGUUACGUUCAUUGGUAAUUGUUUCACGAAUAUAAACGGGUUGAAUACUGCAGUAGAAAGAGAGUGUGAAUUCGGUGUAGGUGAAGUUGGUAAAGGUCAAAUUGAUCAAGGAAUGUGGACUCAAAAGACCAAGAUGUUAAAGGCUACAACUAUAUUGUUUGUAUAUGAUGCUAUUAAGAAUGGAUGCACAGUGUGUAUAUAG